GCCUUUUCACUGCUUGCCUUGAGAGCUGACAGCGGCUGGGCCUUAUUCAGUCCUAUCUCAAGCCUCUCCACGAACUUGUAGAAGUAGAACAAUGGAUCCCACGAAAGAUCUAAAAGAAGAACUUCGACUUUACCAAUCGACUCUUCUUCAAGAUGGCCUCAGAGAGCUUCUUGAUGAAAAUAAAUUUGUUGACUGCUACUUGAAAGCUGGUGACAAAAGCCUUCCUUGCCACCGACUGAUUCUUGCUGCUUGUAGCCCCUACUUCCGUGAGUUAUUCUUAUCCGAGGAAAACGAGGAGAAGAAAAAAAAUGUGGAUUUAGAGAAUGUCGACCCAACUGUCCUGGAAUCCAUAAUUAAAUAUCUCUACUCUGCUGAUAUUGAGCUUAAUGAUGGUAAUGUGCAGGAUAUUUUUGCAUUGGCCAGCCGCUUUCAAAUCCCAUCUGUUUUCACUGUCUGUGUCACUUAUCUUCAGAGGAGACUCUCCCCUACUAAUUGCCUUGCCAUCUUUAGAUUGGGUCUUCUUUUGGACUGCCCAAGACUUGCAAUAACUGCUCGAGAUUACGUUUCUGACCGAUUUGCCCAAAUAUGCAAAGAAGACGACUUUCUGCAGCUUGCCCCACACGAGCUCAUUGCUGUAAUAUCCAACGAUGCCUUGAACAUCGAAAAGGAAGAGGUCGUUUUUGAGGCUGUGAUGAAAUGGGCUAGGACGGACAAGGAGAACAAAGUAAAGAGCCUAAAUGAUGUCUUCGACUGCAUUCGAUUCCGCUUGAUGCCUGAAAAAUAUUUCAAAGAACAUGUGGAAAAAGAUGACCUGAUCAAAGGUAAUCAAGAAAUACUAAAAAAAGUCAAGCUUAUUAAGGAUGCCUAUGCUGGCAAGCUACCUGAACCUUCCAAAGUCAAUGAAGCUGGUGAUGAAGAAUUACUUCCUGGAUAUCUCAAUGACAUUCCAAGACAUGGUAUGUUUGUCAAAGAUCUGAUCCUUAUGAUUAGCGACACCGCUACAGUGGCCUAUGAUGCUGUUGAAAAUGAAUGCUUCUUGGUGGCAUUAUCCGAGCUGAUUCCAAGGAAUCAUUCCAGCAUAGUCUCCAAAUCCAACGAAGUCUAUGUGAUUGGUGGUUUGUACGUCGAUGAGGAAAACAAGGAUCAGCCUUUGCAGUCAUACUUCUUCCAGCUGGAUAGCAUCGCUGGUGAAUGGAUUGGACUCCCACCUCUACCGUCUGCCAGGUGUCUAUUUGGCCUGGGUGAGGCAGACGACUUGAUCUAUGCCAUCGGUGGCAAAGAUCUGCAGUCUGAAGAGUCACUGGAUUCCGUUUUCUGCUACGAUCCUAAGGCUGUGGCUUGGAAAGAAGCAAAGAAGUUGCCAAUCAAGAUAUACGGGCAUUCUGUAGUGUCACACAAUGGGCUGAUCUACUGCUUUGGAGGAAAAACAGAUGACAAGAAAUGUACCGGACGAAUGUUUGUAUUUAACCCAAAGAAAGGAGACUGGAAAGACCUUCCACCCAUGAGAACAGCUCGUUCCAUGUUUGGGGCAACAAUACAUAAUGGCAAGAUCUUUGUAGCCGGAGGUGUCACUGAAGAAGGUCUAACCGCAUCAGUUGAAGCGUAUGAUAUUGCAACCAACAAGUGGGAGACGAUUUCAGAAUUCCCCCAGGAGAGAAGUUCAAUUAACAUGACGACUCUAGCCGGGUCUUUGUAUGCAAUCGGAGGCUUUGCUAUGGUUCAGCUCGAAUCCCAGGAAUUUGCACCAUCGGAAGUCACUGAUGUGUGGAAGUUUGAGGAUGACAAAAAAGAAUGGAGCGGAAUGUUAAAAGAAAUCAGAUACGCUUCUGGAGCCACCUGUCUUCAGACACGCCUCAACCUUUUUAAACUUACAAAGUUAUAAGUGUACACUUAAAGUUUACAGAAAAAUGCGUUGUCCUUUGUUUUUGUCACUGCUACUUGUUCAAGAAUAAAACAAAAGUUGUACAGAAAUUUAUAGCUAAAAGAAUAAAACUGUUGACUUCCAUA